CACAGCGUUCUCCAAUAAGGUUCUCGACUACUGUUAAUUCGAUUACACUAAAAAAACUAACAAGAUGUUGAGGUUUUUUAUAUUUCUUUCAAUUUAUCUAGCGACGUAUGUGGCGAACGCAGAACACAGUGUACUCGAAAAUGACGCUAAACCGGUCAUGCCGAGUGGGCUUCAAAUGGCCCAAAACACGGUCGGUAAGAAUAACGUAGUUGGCGAUUUUAAAAUGAACAACAGCCUUGGAAACAUACAGACUACAGUCAGAGGUAUGGGAACGACCACGGCCCGAUAUGAACAUAUGCCGACAGAUAAUUUUCAAACUAUUCCACAACAAAACAAUAGAGCGUCCAACAGCAACACCAUGCCAAAACGACGAAACAGACAUAGAAACAACCGCAACAACAAUAGGAGGUAUUCGCAAUCAUACUGGUCACCAUCGUCUCCACCAUUACCAUCACCCUUCAAUAACUGGGAUAACUUUAACCCAUUCAUGACGCCACAAAUACCAUAUCCACCACCAACGCCACAGAUGUAUGGAUCGAAUUACAAUACUAACGUUCCAUUCAACGGAUUUAAUAACUAUAAAAAUGAAAACUUUGGCUAUAGUAAUGGCAAUAACUUUAACCCAUUCAUGACGCCACCAAUACCAUAUCCACCACCAACACCACAGAUUGGAUCCAAUGACAACCCUUACAAUCCAUUCAACGGAUUUAAUAACUAUAACAAUGAAAACUUUGGUUUUAGUAAUAACAAUAACUUUAACCCAUUCAUGACGCCACCAAUACCAUAUCCACCACCAACACCUAAUUGGAUUAAUGGAUCCAAUUACUACCCUAACAUUCCAUUCAACGGAUUUAAUGACAAUAAAAAUGAAAACUUUGGCUUUAGUAAUGGCAUUGAUUUGUCUAAUGGUCUAAAUAUAACUUUUAAUCAUAAUGGACUCGUGAUAAACGGCAAACAAAUUCCAAUAGAUACAGCCAGUACUCAGGAAAUAUCUAUAAACUUUAAUGAUAAGGAUGGACUUACGGUUAACGGAAAAAAAAUUCAAUUUGAUGCAGUAGGAAAUCCAUUAAAUGCAGCUGAUAUUGAUGGCAGUGGGAAAACAUCUGAUAACUUGCAACCAAUUUCGACGCCGACAACACUAUAUCCACCACCGCAGCAACAAUAUAAUUGCAUCCCAUACAAAGGAUUAGUAAAUUUGAUUAAUAAUUGCUAUGCCGAUGGCAGUCCAAAUAUAUCUUUAUAUGAUGGUGGGGUUAUCAUCAACGGUAAAAAAAUUCCAAUCGAUAUUGGAAGUAUAAAAGGAGCAUCUGUAAAAUUUAAUGAAGAGGAUGGUCAAUUUACCGUAAACGGAAAAAAAAUUCCAGUAGAUGUAGUAGAAAAUCCUUUAAAUCCAGAUGAUGUUGACGGUAUGCAACUAACUGGAUUAAAUAACGAAUAUCAUCCUGUCGAAGACCAAGGAAAAAAAGGUCAAACUGUAGACACUUAUGAUAAUCAUAACAAGGUUAACGGCGAGAAAGUUCCAGAAAAUUUAAUGGAAAAUCAAGCUGUUAAUGUAGACAUGACUGGCGAUGGAAUCAAAAUCAAUGGCCAAGAAGUUACAGGCGAUGUAGUGGAUAAUCAAGGAUUAAAACCGGAUUUUCAGAAGGGUGAACUAAAUACUGACAAAGAAAACGCCCCAGAAAAUGUAAUUAGAAAUAAAGGCAUAAUCGUGAAAAGAACUGACGAUGGACUCCUGGUCAACGGUAAAAAAGUUCCCGGAGUAAAUGGAUACGACAGAGUUGUAAUCGAUUAUGACGAAGAUGGAAUUACAGUCAACGGCGAAAGAAAAGAAGGAUUCAAAGGUAUAAAAGGAAAAGGAAGAAAAGUUUUGGGAUAUAGAUUAAAUCCAGCUCUUCUUGAUGCUGGUAAGUCUACAACAGGUGAUGGGGUACAGAGUAUGAGUAAUGUUGGAAACGUAAAUGCAUUUAACAACGACAAUUCGUUGAAUUCAGUUAACAAUGUGCAAAACUCCAAAUCAAGAAAAGGCGGUCAACACAGAAAUAGACGAAAACAACAGCAAUUCAAUAAUUAAUUGGCGAUUUUAAUAAAGACACUAUGACGAUUAGAAGUUUUGGAGCUAAAGAAAAUAUUAUACCUAUUAAUCUUUAAGAUAUUAAAGAAUUUUAUUAUUU